AUGCACCGUCUCAAUAUUUUUCUCGCCCUGGCCGUUUUGGCUACCUCUGUUGCUGCGGCCCCUCUAGCCUCCCCAGAACCGGACGCUCUCCGUCUCAAGUGUACACCUGAAGAGCAUAAGUUUUGUUCAGAUUGGUGCAAAUCACCUCCCGGAGGCCGAAAGAAGGGAGGUCAUUGCAGAGAGCAGGGAGGAGGCCGGUUGUGCAUUUGCACUAACUCACUUGGCCGUCGAGACGGACAUUCUCUAGAAGCUAGAGACGACCAACAUCGGGAUGCGGAUGGACACAAACAUAGCUUGCGUGAUGGCCACGGCCUUGACGACGGGCAUGGCCUAGAAGCUAGAGACGACCAACAUCGAGAUGCUGAUGGGCACAAACAUAGCCUGCGUGAUGGCCUUGACGACGGACAUGGCCUAGAAGCUAGAGACGACCAGCAUCGAGACGCUGAUGGACACAAACAUAGCUUGCGUGAUGGCCACGGCCUUGACGACGGAAACGGCCUUGACGCACGCGAUGACCAGGGGCUCGAUGACGGACAUGGGCUUGCUGAUGGACAUUAA